AGAAAUUUACAGGUGACUCAACAAAAAUGCCGAAGGACUUUCACUUUUGGGAAGACGAUAAAUACUGGUGUCCAGCCCUUCAAUUUUGAAUAAUCCAUCACUUCUCUGUUUGCUGAAUUGUGUUCGUCUUUAAGAAAAUGGGAAGCUUAAUAUGGUUUUCCCAAAUCCUCUGCCUUUCCUUCAUGUCGUUGCAGUUUCGAGUCCAAAGCUCCUCACCUUCUCAAUCUUCUCUGGAUUCACCGCCACAUUUGUGCCGUCCUGAAGAGCGUUCUGCAUUGCUUGACUUCAAAAGCACUACUAAUUUGGCGAAAUACUGUUCUAGUAGUGGUGAAAUAAUACAAACUUGGAACGAGAGUAAAGACUGCUGCUUGUGGGAGGGCAUCACAUGCGACAAGCCGAAGGGUCACGUGAUUGGCCUUGAUCUUAGCAGUAACCGUCUUGAAGCCAAUCUAACUACAAAUAGUAGUCUUUUCCGCCUUGAGAAAUUGCAGAGCCUCAACCUUGCUUACAAUGAAUUUAGCUACCCCAAUAUAUCAUUUGGGUUCUACAAUUGGAAGAGUUUGACAUAUCUUAAUCUCUCAAAUGCAGUAUCUAUGGAUGGCUCUGUCUUGUUUGAUGAGAUCUCUUUGCUAUCAAAAUUGGUUUCACUCGAUCUCUCCCGCAAUUAUGGUUUGUUUCUUGACAACAGGAAGUUUCAAAUGCUUGUGCAUAACUUAACAGAAUUAAGGUUUCUUAUCCUUGAUUUUGUGAGUAUGCCUCUGGUUGUGCCUUCUUCCUUGCUAAACUUGACUUCUUCCUUGGAGCAUUUGAGCCUUAGCUCUUGUGAUUUGCAAGGAAACUUUCCAAACCAAGUUUUUCAGCUUCCAUCUCUUCAGCCUCUUGAUUUAAGCCAAAACUAUAAUUUAGGAGGUAAUUUGCUCGAGUCAAACCGGAGUAGUACCCUCGAGUAUUUGAAUCUUGCAAACACAAACUUCUCAGGAGAGUUGCCUCAUUCGAUCGGAAACCUUAAAUUCUUGAAGAAAUUGAAUCUUGAUAGCUGCCAAUUUUAUGGAUCAAUUCCUAGAUCUCUUGCAAAUCUUACAGAGCUAACUGAUUUGAGCUUAGAUGCAAACAAUUUUGGUGAUCUCCAUAACAACUGCUUUACCGGACCUAUUGAUCAUGUUGAGAUGCCUAAUCUCAUUUUACAACAAGUCUAUUUGUCCAAUAAUGAGAUAAGUGGUUCAAUUCCUAGCUCCUUCUUUGAUCUUGUGAAUCUUACUAAUGUCGACCUUUCUUCAAAUAAUUUAAGUGGCACUAUUACAGCCAACAUGCUUUCAAAACUUGUAAACCUUUGGGAUUUGGAUCUUUCCGAUAAUAGUUUCUUGUCUUUGAGCAAUAAUGGCACUGCUGUCAACUAUUCCUUUCCGAACCUCCGGUCUUUAAACUUCUCUUCUUGCAACAUACACAAGUUCCCAAGUUUCUUAAGCAAGGCAGAGAGUUUGCGGGAAUUGGAUAUUUCCAAUAGUGAGAUAAGUGGUUCAAUUCCUAGCUCCUUCUUUGAUCUUGUGAAUCUUACUAGUGUCGACCUUUCUUCAAAUAAUUUAAGUGGCAGUAUUACAGCCAACAUGCUUUCAAAACUUGUAAACCUUUGGGAUUUGGAUCUUUCUGAUAAUAGUUUGCUAUCUUUGAGCAAUAAUGGCACUGCUGUCAACUAUUCCUUUCCAAAUCUCUGGUCUUUAAAAUUCUCUUCUUGCAACAUACACAAGUUCCCAAGUUUCUUAAGGAAGGCAAAGAGUUUGCGAGAAUUGGAUAUUUCCAAGAACAACAUUUUUGGUCAAAUUCACAAAUGGGAAAUAGAAGGGAUGUCAUUGGAUACCUUAAACCUUUCGUAUAACUUCUUGACUAGUAUAGAUUCAUUUGGUUUUGGAAAUCUUGAAACUAUUGACCUUAGAUCCAACUUACUACAAGAUUCACUCCCCAUUCUAUCAACUACUUGGUAUUCUACGCAACAACUCUUCAUUUCAGGGAAUGAUUUGAAUGGCGAAAUCCCUUCUUCUUAUUGCAAUAUGACUUCUCUUGGAGUUCUGGAUUUAGCUUAUAAUAGUUUGGGAGGAAAAAUUCCAAAAUGUCUUGGAAACUUGAGAAAUCUCGCCUUCUUGGAUCUGCGGAUGAAUAACUUUCAUGGUAGAAUACCAAAUUCUUUUGUCAACAAGAGUGAACUGAGAACUCUUACCCUAAAUGGCAACCAAUUGGAAGGUCUACUGCCACGGUCUUUGAUUAAUUGUAGUAACUUGGAAAUUCUAGAUGUGGGGAACAACAACUUGAAUGAUACCUUUCCAGAUUGGUUAGGUGUUCUUCCCUCGCUAAAAGUUCUCAUCCUUCGAUCUAAUGGAUUUCAUGGUGUUAUCAACAAUUCUAUGCCUGUAUUUUACUUCCCUCAGUUGAGAAUCAUUGAUGUCGCUAAGAAUGAUUUUAUGGGUCUCCUACCGAGUAACUAUUUCAAAAUUUUGAAAGGUAUGAGGGAUAUAGCUCCAGCUGAUACAUUGGAAUACAUUGGUGACGAGCAAGUAUAUAGGCCUUUUAGUUUUACCCGUGCUGACGGGCAAGUAUAUGGGCCUUAUACCCAUGGAUGUCGUCCAGUUACUAGGUGCAGAUUUCGUGCUUAUUAUGAUUAUUAUUAUAAGGAUUCUGUGACACUUGUAAUGAAAGGGUCAGAGAGGGAGCUUGAAAGGAUCUUGAAAAUUUUCACAACUAUAGAUUUCUCAAGCAAUCAAUUUCAUGGACCAAUUCCUGAAGAGCUGGGAGAACUUAAUUCACUUAAAGGGCUAAACUUGUCUCAUAACAGUCUUACAAGUCAAAUUCCAUCAUCGUUGGGGAAAUUAACAGCACUUGAGUCAUUAGAUCUCUCAUCAAACAAGCUUGAAGGCAGGAUUCCUGAGCAAUUGACAAAUCUGACAUUCCUAUCAGUUUUGAAUCUUUCACACAAUGAACUUGUGGGCCACAUACCUGAAGGGAACCAGUUCAAUACUUUCUCAAAUGAUUCCUACAUUGGGAACUCUAGGUUGUGUGGAUUCCCAUUGACAAAGAAAUGCCAUAACAAGGAAGAACCAGGAGCACCUACAUCACAAUUUGAUGAAGAAGAUGACUCUACAACACUCUUUGCUUGGAAGUUUGCAUUGGCAGGCUAUGGGUGUGGACUAGUGUUGGGACUUAGUCUGGGAUACAUUGCCUUCACUACAGGAAAACCAUGGUGGGUGGUGAAUGCAGGUGUAGUUGAUUUCCUACUCUGGAGAGAUCUGACAACAGUUGCUUCUUGAGUUUGUUUUCAUAUUUUUCAUGUUCAUUGUUGAUAUAUAGUUGUGUUGACUUGUGUGGGAAUUAUGGUUAUGUAUGAAUUUGUGUUGAUUUCUUUUGGAUUUCAUCUAUCUGCUCUGCAGGCAAUUGCUCAUGUAAUUGGUUUCUUAAUGUUAUUUAUCUCUUCGUAUUUUAUUCUCUUUUCCUUUGUUUUGGUUGCCUUUGAACGGUCCAUUUUACUGAAGUAAAAUGUAAAAAUUCUU